AUGGGAAUCGGAAUCGUGGGCCUCGGAAUGGCAGCCGUGGUCUCCGACAAAGUGGGCAGACGGUGGUCUUUCAUCGUCUUCUCCGUACCCUCAGUGGCUAACUACAUCGUGCUUUACUAUGCGAGGAGUGCAGUCGCCUUCAUGCUGUCCAGGUUCCUAGCAGGUACCGCUAUGGGCGCUAUGUUCGCUCUAAAGUUAUGCGUACCUUCAGAAUAUGCUGGGCCGAAGACGAGAGCGAUGUUCCUCAACAUGAUAUCCACAUUAGCGCCCUCUGUGGGCAGUUGUGUGGCCCACGCCCUCGGAAUAGUUUUGCACUGGCGGAUAGUAGCUCUGAUCGGAGUUAUACCGGCAGUUGUUGGGAUAUUUCUUCCAUAUUUCUGGGUGGAAAGCCCCCACUGGUUGGCUUCGAAAGGCAGAUUCGAUGAAUGUGAGGAUUCGUUCAGGAAGCUGCACGAUACCACCGCAAACACGGAAGCAGAACUUGAGUUAUUGCUCAAAGUUGAAAGGACAAAACAGCAGAAGGCGAUAGAAUCUGACACCAUGAAGACAUCGGAGAAAAUUAAGAUAGCGUGCAGGAAGAAAUACUUCUGGGAUUUGAUGUUGCUGAGCGUUUUCAUCUCAGCUUUUCUGGCUUCGGCUGGGAAGUUGGCGUUCAGCACUCUAGCUGUUACAAUUAUAUCCGGAAUGACGGGUCCGGAGAACAUAUUCAUAUUUACAAUGGUUGUGGAUAUUUGUGUGAUUUUCGGCGCUAUAGCUUCCUGCAUUUUGAUCAGGAAAAUAUCCAUGAGAUCUAUGCUGUUCACGACAGGUUCCAUCGGUAUUAUAGUAUUAGUUUCUUUAAGCGCCUGUUUGUAUUUUAAAACUGAUUCCGUUUAUUUCAAAUGGGCAAACGUUGGCUUACUUAGUUUGUAUUUCUUCAUUGUUAAGUCCGGCCCGUAUCCUAUACUCGAGGCAUUAUUGGGCGAGAUAUAUCCGAUAGAGUUAAAGGUCUAUUUCUUCUUUUUCUCUGGAACCAUUUUAAUGACGGCAGUUACUUUAUCUGUGUUUUUACUACCUUUGAUGGUGAGUUUGAUGGGCUACCAUGGAAUGUUUUUAACGAACGCCGGCAUUAUGUGCCUCAGCUUGGGAUACAUCUGGAUAAGAUUGCCGGAAACAAAAGGGCGGACGCUACAGGAGAUAGAAAUUUAUUUCAAAACAAAGAACCAUAAGAUAGAAGAGGUAUUAACCAAUGAGCAAAUGAAAAAUUUGAUUUAG